AUGGAUUUAAAUGGAGAUGAGAGGUCCAGCAACGGCGUUGUUGGUGAAGCGCAAAGAUUGAAAGCAUUGUACCAAUACUAUCUAGACCAGGCUACACCACAUGUGAAGUACAGAUGGGCUAGUUUGGCUGGUCUACUGGUGCUAUUCAUGUUUCGUAUAGUCUUCAGUCAGGGCUGGUACGUGGUAUGCUAUUCUUUGGGUAUCUAUCUAUUAAGUCAGUUCUUGGGCUUUUUGACACCAAAAUUUGAUGUGUCUUUACAGCAAAAUGAGCAAAACGAAGAGCUAGAAGCCGGAGAAAUGACAGAUGAGUUCCGUCCAUUCAUUAGGAGGUUGCCUGAGUUCAAGUUCUGGCACAAUGCGAUUAGAGCUACCGUUUUAUGCUUCUUUUUGACUUUCUUUUCAAUUUUUGAUAUUCCAGUAUUCUGGCCAAUAUUACUUAUCUACUUCAUUGUUCUCUUUGCUUUAACAAUGAGAAAACAAAUUAAACAUAUGAUCAAGUACAAGUAUGUUCCUCUGGAUAUUGGUAAGAAGAAAUACACCCAAAAAUGA